AUGUUCAAUUGUCGUGCGAGCCUUUGGCCAUGCAUACAACCGCGACAUGUCCCGCCCACCAAUGUGUCUAAUGUCUUUCUCUUUACCCAUGGCCAGCGCCGACUACGUAGCGACACCAAGGAGUACAAGCAAAGACUGCGUGAAUUGCCUUUUUCCCCGCCAUGGGCAGGAGACUCGUUCAAGACGUCGGCUUUCGCCGCGAACCGGAAGAAGAGGGAACUCGCGGCCAUGAGGGAAAAACCUGCACGAUAUGAGACGCCCAAUCUAGCCAAGCUGGGCCCCCGCGACCCUCGCAUGUCGAAUAGCGACUGGGAUAGGAGGAAGAGGGAGUUGCGACAUCUACAGGAUCCGCUAGAUCUGGCCAAUUUUGUCAAGCAAGAGCUCGCCAAGGGCAAGGAGGACGAGAUGCUGCAGCUGGUGCGCAUGGCAUGUCACUCGAUGAUGUGCGUUGUCAGCUGGAACCACAUCAUCAAUCACAAGCUAGCAGACGGCAGAGUCAACGAUGCGCUCAAGGUAUACAACGAGAUGAAGAAGCGCGGCCAAUUCCCAGAUUCCUACACGUACACCAUCAUCUUAGGAGGUUUAGCAACUAAUGCACAAACAUCCGGCAUCGUCGAAAAAGCCUUGACCAUAUACCACUCCCUCUUCGCCCCCAACUCGCGCGUUGAACCGUCCAUCAUCCACACAAAUGCUGCACUUAGCGUCUGUGCAAGAGCGGGGAACAUGGAUGCCUUGUGGGGUAUUGCUGGCAAGAUACCAGAAAGCGGGCCGGCAGCUGCGAACGCCAUCACUUACAUGACCAUCCUAACGGCUAUACGCCAGAGUCUGAUCAUCGAUGCACCCAAGGGGGAAAGCGAAGAAGAGACGGCGGCAAGAAGGGAGCGUGGCAUCAUGGAAGGACGUCGCAUGUGGGAAGACAUUGUGGGGAGGUGGCGGCGCGCUGAUCUGAUCAUCGACGAAGACCUGGUGUGCGCCAUGGGGAGGCUGUUGUUGGUGGGAAGCCGACCACGAGAUUGGGACGAUGUCCUCUCGCUAAUCGAGCAGACAAUGGACAUCCCACGCCUCGUUCCGCGGCUGGGCUCCACCGCAAGGGAAGAAGCUGGUCUACCGCGCCUACGAGCCCCGAACGUGCCACAGGAAUACCGCUUUGACGACGACCACCUAUCCCCAGAUAACACCCCCGUGCGCGGUGACGAGUUUCUUGCGCUGACGCCCCGUGGUGUUGGAGCCGUCGUACCGAAUCCCCUCAUAUACGCUCAACCGGGUAACAACACGCUCUCUUUACUCCAAGAAGCCUGUCAAAAGAUAGUCGCCACUAAGGCCGCCCUCGGCUAUUGGGACAUCUUGACGGACCCGGGCACCUACAACGUCAGCCCCGAUCACAACAACGUCUCCCAGCGUCUACGCGUCUUGCGCCAGAACCGCGCUUCUGGUGAAGCUGUUCAACUUCUUAAAUGCCGUAUGUUGGAUAAGGGCUUCACGCCUACGGCCGGCAUGUUAAGGAUUGCAAUGAGCACCUGUGUGCGUGACAAGAACAAUCACAAAUCUCUCAAAAAUGCGGGUCACAUCCUACAGAUUAUGCUCAAGGUCAUGGAGGACGCUGAUUCCAGGGCCGUCGCCAUGUACGCCGACCUUGCGACUAGUUUCCCUCUAGCCAAAGGCUCGGAUCUCAUCGAUGCACUUACCCUGCUCCACCCUGUUUGCAAGAACAUUCGCUUACAGCUCGGGGUUGGUGGUGGAGAAAAAGAAUCGAGCAGGUUUUCAAGUCCGCAGCCUCUGGGGGGCGAGGAAAAGCAACAUGCCGUUUUUGCACUGAGGAGGAUCCAUGGUGUUUAUGACAAGUUGAUCCACUCAAAUCUCAUAGCCGAGGAGGCAAAAAGUCCGUUCAAGGCUGCGAGAGCGACGCUCUCGUCAUUCAUUCAAAGAGUACGUUUCAAAGACAGUCGAAUAGAAAAAGGUUGGGAUCCACCGCCGAAUUUAAGGGGAUAUUACCCCAGGGUUGCGAAAAAAGAGAAUGGGUUAAACCCAUAUCAACACAGGCAUGCGGUUAAAGAGAAUAAGGACAGUGGUGGGCCUGCGGAAGAGAUGAGAGAGACAAGCAGGAGCCCUGACAACAUACCAGCUUGGAAGAAGGAGUGGAAUAAACAGGUUGAGAGAUCGGAGCGAAGAGUUAUGUACUCGCCUCAGGUCACGAAUGCCCGGCGAACAACGAGAGAUAUGUAG